AUGAUUUCAUCGCUUGCAUUUAUUUUUCUGGUCUUUGUUCACUUUUCAAACGCACAGCAAUGCUCAACUCCUCAGACCUUAUAUAACUGCUACAUAUCGUAUCUCGGAAAAUACGGAGUGGUCCCAGACGAUGGCUAUUUGCCUCGUUCAGAAUUCCUGUUGACACAAAUGACGACUCACGGAUUACCGGUUAUUUGCAAAGACUUCGAUGAACUAACAAGUUGCAUUGGUGCUGCAGCUACCUACUGUGUCAGUUUCAAUGUGUUUUAUUCAUAUGCAAAUGGAAGAGACCCACAACGAGAAGCUCUUGCUUAUCUACAAAACCAUGCUUUCUUCGAAUUCGCUUGUGGAAAUGGAAAAGAUUUAUUCAUGAACAACAUCGAUUGUCUUCAAAGAUCUUUCGAGCAAGUCCCACUCACCAACCGAAUGCAACAAUGUGGUCAAUCCAGCUUGGUUGUCAAUGAUAAUUCUUGUCCGGCAACACUGGAGGUGACCGAUUGUGUGCGGCAACAAAUAGUACAAGCAUGUGGAGCGAGUGCUGGUGCAGCUGCAUGUGGAGCCGCAACAAACAUCGAACGUCGUCUGGAUUUCCUCGAUGCCGCGUGUCUGACUGAAAUGGACGCAAGAUGUUCAGUAUGCCAACUUCAGAUUCUCACAUCACUCAUUCUUUUAUUGAUUCACAGAAUUAUUUUCAGUUGA